AUGCAAAACCAGCAGCAUCUAAUGGUUGUUUUCCUGGCUCCGAGCUGAACGGAGCCUUGUAUCAACAGUCAAAUGUGCUUUUUUUUUAUUACCUGUUGAUUUUUCCUGUGGGUGGAACAGGUGUGUGUUUGUGUUCAUAUGACCAUAUCUCACACUGUCAGAUUAUCUCCUUCACUGUUCAGAGGCAGAGGAUGCAUCUGUAGUUUGGUUCUCUGGUGAAAAGGAUCCGCUGGAAGCCAACAUGAGAACCUUAUCCCGCAAGGACGGAAGCUGCAUUUUAAUAUCUUUGGCUCUGGGGUUUGUGUUCAACGCAGCAGAACCGGAGUACUUCCUCCAGAACUUAACACUCAGCUGGGAUGCAGCCAGGAAUCAAUGCCAGGUCUGUUUCAAAGAGCUGGUGACUCUGACCUCAAGCAACACCCACACCAUUGCCCGGAAUCUCACCUCUGACUACUGGGUUGGCCUCCGUAAGUACCUCGACAGUGACUCGAUAAGCUCCUCCAACGGUAGCCACAACAGGUCCUGGUCACGCUGGGCCAACGGGGACCCCCUCGCCUUCCAGAACUGGUACCCAGGUUGGCCUGUGUUCAAAUCUCCCUUCCCCAAAAUAGACUGCUGCAGCUGCUCCUGCACCUGCCCAGCAGCGACGACCCCGGGACCGACCAGCUUCACCGGAUACACAGAAUUCACAACGCCGAACAGUGACGAACUUCAGCUUAUUCGAAGAAAUGACUGAAAAUGUGACAGACGUAACCAACUUCACCGAUUUCACUGACCAAAACGUGACAGACUACACUACAACCCCGAGGGCCCAGCUGCUGCCGAUAGAAGCAGAGUGUGUGCGGUCACCUAUGCUGCUGCCUGAAGUCCCACAGACUGAUGAGAACUAUAUAGAAGACUCUUGUGUGGCCAUGCUCAGCUUCGGAGCCUGGGUUGAAAAAAACUGCACAGAUCAUCUGCCUUUUAUUUGUUAUGAAGAUCGUUUCUUCGGCAAGGCAAACGUGACUGGCGUGACGACUGCGAGCGCCAGUCUCUCAUGGGAGCGGGGGCCCGGUGACAUCGACCACUACCGCGUGGAGGUCAACCAACAACCGCUCCCGAAUUUCACGAAUGGUUUGUCCCUUGAGCUUUCCAACCUGACGGCAGGCACUGGCUACUCAGUCCAGGUGUUCGCUGUUAAAUGUAAGCGAGACCUCAACCCACAGAACGUCACCUUCUACACCAUCCCUAACAAAGUCAAAAACCUUACUGUAAUCAAGGUGACAGAAACAUCUGUCCAUCUGAGCUGGGACAAACCGGUUGGAAAUGCGAAUUUCUAUUGUAUUAAUUGCCGAAACAAGGAAGAAGCGGUUUACUCACAGAGCAAAGUGGUCGACGAUUUGACGACCUGGAAGCCUUCACACAUUCACCGUCAUCACAGGAGUCAAGGACGGGUCUGUAUGGAGUGAGGAAUCUAACAUUGCAGUUUAUACAAAGCCUGGUAAGGUAUCCAACCUGCGCGUGGUUCAGAAUACCAACACCUCACUGCUGAUUAAGUUUGAGCUACCUGAGGGAAAUGCCACGCAGUUCAGAGUGGAGGCUAUGAAUGACAGCAACCACAAUUUGUUUGAAGUGGUGAACAACAUCUCAGGUAAAACAGAGGAAGUGAAAAUAGAUCGACUGCCGGAGGGCACCAAGAUAACCAUCAGUGUGACAGCACUGGUCAAUGGCACUGUGGAGGGAGACAAAGUGACCAUCGUCAACUACACUGCUCCUGGACCGAUUUCAAACCUGUACUUGACCACCAAAGCAAACUCCCUCAAAGCCAGCUGGAGCCCUCCUCCUGGUAAUGUCUCAUCUUUCACCAUCAAACUCAACCUGGAAGGCAAAACAGAAAAGAUAAUACAAGACCAAAGAGAAACUAACCAGUACUUUGACGGACUGAAGACUGCAGCCAAUUACACAGUGAUCGUCUACAGUGUUAGUGGACAUCUCUACGGUCCGCCAGUGGAAAGCUCCAAAUUCACCUUGCCCCUUCCACCUACUAAUGCCAGGGUUGCUUCCUCCACUAAAACCCAACUCACCUUCAAGUGGACGGCCCCUGAGAACAUACAAACAGCCAAGUACUCUGUCAAGCUCGAAUCCAAAUUCUGGAAACACAACCUGUCUUUUGAAGUGGAUAACGUAACCAACUACACAUUCAGGAACCUGACAUCAGGGACCAAGUACAAUUUUGAAGUGAAAACAGUGACAGAUGAUCAAACCAGUGAAGCAGCAAUGACUUCAUGUAAUACAGAGCCAGACAAAAGGGAAAUCAGUCUCUCAAUGUUGUGCUCCUCCUCAGAACCCCUCCUCUGUGUCAACAACAACAUUAAGGAAGGUGUAUUUCAGGAGGUAUGUCAGUCGCCACGGGGACAAAACAAAUACAGGGCUUGGGAGCUGAGGACACGUUUCAUCAAACUGUUCAACGACACGGUUUUCUGGAAACUUGAGAAGCAGGAAAGUGAAAAUGCAUAAUUUUUUUAAAAAACUCAAUUGGUGUUGGUGAAGGUAUUUUUGAUGCAAGUGUUUUCUGUCUUGGAUUUUUUUGUUAACAUGUUAUCAUUUAAAGCUUUUGCAUUGCGCUGCAGCCCAGAAAUUAGAAUAUUUUUAGAUGUGGUUUUAAAUCUUGCUAUAUUUCAUAAAAUGGGUCUUUUAUAUUCAAAAUUUGAAUCAUAAAAAUAUAAUACAUGUCACACUUUU